AUGGCUCAAGUACAGACAACCGACCCGAAUAUCGAUGUUGCUCCUGCUCAGGAGGUUCCUGCUUUCUUGGGAUUGACCCAGCAGCAGUCCGGAUUACUGGUGGCGCUUUACAACGAAUCUGAUCCCGAAUUUGCCAAGCAGCUCCCCACCGCCAUGCCGGUGGCGGCUCAGCAACUGGCAGCCGAAUUCGAAAAGCGUAACAGUGUCGGCAAGAAGUUGGAACGCGCCCAAGACAAGUAUGCUGAAGAGUAUAAGCUUUUCGAACAAGUUCAGCAGGAAGCUGUGGAGCGUCUUUCCAAAACCGAUAUGAAUAUUGACGAAGCGGCCAAGGACUUGAAUCUCGAUGAAAGUGCCCAAUGCAGUAUUCAUGAUCUACUUUUGGGCAGUUUGUUAUACGGUGGUCUUCGUCGCGAACCUUCCGGUCCCGAUGAUCGCGCCAGCCUGAGCCCGGUGGCCAGUCCCAAUUUUGAAGGUGCGAAACGCUUGCUUGAACGCACAUUUGACCUGGGAUACACCAUGGCGGCAGUGCAAAUCGGAUCGUUCUACAUGCAAGAAGAAAAGCUGGCAGCUGGCAAGAAUAUACCCGGUCACGAUCCCAAGAAAUUGGCCUACACAUGGUACGCCAAAGCCGCCGACCAAGGCAAUCCCAUGGCAUGCCACAAGAUCGGAUACUUUUUGGAAAACGGUAUCGGUUGCACUCUGGAUGUCACAAAGGCUAUCGAGUAUUACCAAAAGGCUUUGGAUCAAGGUUAUCCCGACACGGCUCAUAAUCUUGGUCUCAUCUAUCAGGGUAAUACGCCUCAGACGGUGCCCUUCAAAGACAUCAAGAAAUCCAUCGAAUUCCUCGAACGGGCCAAGCAAUGGGGCUUUGCUGCCUCGGCCAAUGCCUUGGGCAGAUUGUAUUUGCUGAUGUCCAAGGAUGAAAAGCUUGCCGAGGAAGCCGGUAAUCCUGGUAGUGAUAAGGAUGAUUAUAUCAUUAACGGCAUCGAUUUGAUGGAGGCUCAAAACUACAUGGAAUUGGCCCUUGUCCGUGGCAACGUGGAAGCUUACACUUACCUUGUUCGCAUCCUGCGUGCAAAGAUGGCGGCACGCGUGGCUCUGGAAAACGAGAACUUUGAAAACUUUGAAAAACUGAGUGCAGCCGAAAAAGAGAAACUGAUUCGACAAUUGGCCAAGGAUGCGACUCCUGAAAAUAUCAAACAUGCAAUCUGUGCCAACCCUGCAUGCGAUAAAAAGGAGCAAAACGCAGGUGACUUUAAACGAUGUGGUCAAUGCCAGCGUGUAUCCUAUUGCUCGCGUGAAUGCCAAAAGGACCACUGGAAGGCCGGUCAUAAAGUGGUGUGUAAACGAUAA